AUGGCUGAUUCCACUUCCAUUCCUAACUUCAUUUUCUUCUCUUCUCUCCUUCUGUCCAUAUCCUCCACCACCACCACCGUCGCCACCACCGCUUCCGUCUGCAAAGACACCCCAUACCCAUCCUUUUGCCAAACAUUUAUUCCGAUCAACAACUCCUCCUCCAACCUCCACGACUACGGCCGUUUCUCCAUCCGUAAAUCCAUCUCCACCGCCACCAAAUUCUCUAACUUAAUUGAUAAAUACCUUACCACCUCCACCACUGUCACCACCGCCGUAAUCCAUGCCCUUCAAGAUUGCCAGUAUUUGGCCCGAUUAAACGUCGACUUCCUUUUAGCGACUUACCGAACAGUCAGCGCCGGUCAAACCUCCCUUCCGGCAACCACGUCGGAACACGCUCAGACGAUGCUUAGUGCCAUUUUGACCAACACCCAGACGUGCAUAGACGGCCUGCAAACCAAUGCUGCUUCUUGGACCUCCAAAAAUGGCGUUUUUUAUCACAUUCAAAACGAUAACAAAUUGUAUAGUGUUUCAUUGGCUCUUUUUAACAAAGGAUGGGGAUCUAAAACCAACAAUAAGUUCGAUUUUUCGAAUAGGAAACAAACGGGUUUCGGAAACGAUCGAUUCCCACGUUUUAAAAUGUCUGAACAAUCGACGGCGAUCUUUGAGACGGUUGGAAAUGGGAGGAGAAAGGUGGUUCAGGGUGGUGGCGCCGGCGAUGAGGUGGAUGUUAGUGAUGUCGUUGUGGUUAGUCAAGACGGCUCCGGGAACUUUACCACCAUUGCUGACGCCGUUGACUUCGCUCCGAAUAAGUCUGCCUCCGGUGCCGGUUAUUUUCUGGUUUAUGUGACCGCCGGUGUGUAUGAGGAGUAUGUCAAUAUUCAUAAGAAGAAGAAGUAUUUGAUGAUGAUCGGAGAUGGUAUUAAUCAGACGGUAAUCACCGGAAAUCACAGCGUCGCCGAUGGCUGGACCACUUUCCAGUCAGGGACAUUUAUCGUAGCAGCUCCCUACUUUGUCGCGAUGAACAUAACGAUCCGCAACACCGCCGGACCAACAAAGCACCAAGCCGUAGCAUUACGAAACGGAGCCGACUUCUCGACAUUCUACCGUUGCAGCUUCGAAGGGUACCAAGACACGUUAUACGCACACUCCCUCCGACAAUUCUACCGAGAAUGCGACAUUUACGGCACCGUAGACUUCAUAUUCGGAAACGCCGCCGUGGUGUUUCAAAACUGUAACAUUUACCCCCGAUUACCAAUGCGCGGCCAAUUCAACGCGAUCACGGCACAAGGACGAAACGAUCCCGGCCAGAACACCGGGACCUCGAUCCAGAAGUGUAACAUCCGUGAAGCCGACGAUUUGGCAGCCGGUGAUGGCACGACGGUAACGUAUUUGGGUCGACCAUGGAGGGCAUUUUCUCGAACAGUUUAUAUGCAAUCUUUUAUGGAUGAAUUGAUCAGUCCGGCGGGAUGGUUGAAAUGGUCCAGUGAUUCUGCAUUAAUUACUUUAUAUUAUGGGGAGUUUAAUAACUCCGGGCCGGGAUCGGAAACUAGUGAGAGGGUUCCUUGGCCGGGAUUUCACGUCAUCAAUGCGAUGGAUGCGGUUAAUUUCACGGCGGCGGUUCUUAUUCACGGAGAUGACUUUUUGCCCCAGACGGGUGUGCCGUACGAUAGUGGGUUAUGA